AUGGCAAACUCUCCGUCAUCUGUCCCUCCCUUUUUUGGGCCAACUGAAAACCUCAGUGCCGAGGAACGGGCCGAGCAAUGGCGCCGUGAACAGGCCGAAAUUAUUCGUUGGAAGUAUCGGUAUACGAAGGUGGACGCUAUCAAACCGGGUGAAACAGUAGAAGCGUACCAGAUACGAUGCCUCAACAAACGGUUGAUUCAUUUGGAGCGUGAAAAAGCUCAGAAAGAGCUUAAACUGAAAAUUUACAAUGCUCCCGUGCAUCGUCGUGAAGCCGAAAUUGUUCGUGGCUGCAUUCUGCGGAUGCUUGACGAUGCUGUCAGGUAUGAUCGACAGAUUGAAGCCGCUAAGACGGACAUGAACGAGCUGAUGUCGCAGAUAAAGCGUGCUAACAUUGAGCUAGACUCAGCAAUCAAAGCAGUCCCUUCAGACUUUGUGUACGGGGAGGCGUUGGAAAAAUCACGCUCCGAGCUCGCUGCCAUCGAAAGCCGACUUCAUAAUGCACGCACGCUUGAAGGAAAACUGCAUACAGACAAUCGAAAGCUUCGGUGCGAGAUCGAAAACAUGCUCGGCGAGCGAAAGCUGUAUAAUCAGCAGUGGCAGCAAUAUGUAGCUGAGUUAAACCAGAACAGGAAGUUUCUACUCGAUAUGAUCGAACGGGCAACGUUGGCCUUCAAUCAGGGUGAAGACCUGUGCUAUCGGAUCGAUUCACUGAAAGCCCAGGAAACCCGAGACAAGCGAUCCCGUGUUCAGGAGAUGAUUGAAGUGGAGCGACAGAUUGUUGGCACACGUCAUAUAAAUGCGUUCCUGCGCACAAAAGGAUUCCAGCGAGGUGUUGCAGAACUAGAUCCAAGGUUGGUCCGCAAGCGCAAUCUGUUCAAAACAUUCCAAGGUGAAAAAAUCGAUCGUUAUGGUGCAAUCAUCGGCAAUACGAUGGAGUACUUACACCUGGACGCUAUUCAGGACGUACUGUUGGAGAUAGAAAAACAACAGGACAAGUACACCGCACUGUUCCGGUACAUGAACAUAACGAAUGCCAAAAUUGAGGAAGCCAAUGGAAUCGCACGCGAUCUCGAGAAAGAUAGCGAGCGGCUGCAUGAAGGUGAAAAACGGAAAAGACUUUCGGAUGAGCGGAACCUGAAACAGGAUAUGCAACAGCUACUGUCCGCCCAGCAGCACUCGCUAGAACUGAACGAAGAAGUCCGCCAUCAGCAGGAUGCGUUGGAAAUAAAGCUCGCCACUGUUGAGCAAGCUCUGUCGGUGGUAGGAUUUGAUCGUGCAAAAAUAUCGCAGCUCAUGGCAGCAACUACCAGCACCGAUCGCAGCCGUAUCACGGAAGAGAUCUUGAUGAAUGCCCUUUCGGCCAUUGAACGCAAGGUACUUGGGUUGGUUUACAUGAGUGCCGAUGGUACGACGAUGGAAGAAGAUGCACCCAUCAGUACCCUGUACGGUAGCCAACAGUGUGCCGAAUGUGCCGAGGGCCAGGACGUGAAUCAGCACGACGAACGUAUCGUACUUCCGACUGAGCAUCCGAAACUGGUGGAGAAUGUGCGAAAGCGUAUCACGGCACCGGAAAUGCAAUAUCGUCUUCACACGCUCAGUCAAUGCAAACUGCCCCGUUCGCGGAUGUUGGUGAACAAGCGAUACCAGUAG